GAGUAAUUGUAUUUCAAGUUCCUCGACAGCAUUGUAGAAGACAAAAUUUUCCAGGGUUUUUGAUUCCACGUAGUUUUUCUUCCGGAUGGUAAAUGUAACGUUUAUUUUUAUCAAACUACUCACAAUACUUGAUAUACUAAGUUUUAUUAUUUCAGCUUCAACAACUACAUCAACAGUAACUAGCACAGCUUCUAUUUCAUGUUUAUCAACAAUACCUUGUCCUGUUGGUCCAUCAUGGUCGCAAAAUCCUUAUGCUAUUGUGACUGGUUUAACCGAUAAUUACCAAAUUGCUGUUGAUUCAGUUGGGAAUUUCUAUGUGGUUUUAAAUGCAGGAGGGCAAGUAUUACAAUUUACACCGGCAAGUAAAUCAAGUUCAUCAGUAAUUGCAGGUGGCUUAACGACGCCUUUAUACGCUCUUUUUCUUGAUCAAAGCGAUCUUCUAUACUUUUCUGUUGCCGGAAGCAAUCAAGUAUACAGCUAUUUCGAUGGAGUAAACAUUGUAGUUGCUGGCGACGGUACGGCGGGUACUGGUGAAAACCAGUUACAUGGUCCACAAGGAUUUUUCGUCGAUUGUAGUGGUAAUCUUUAUAUUAGUGACAGUGGCAAUAAUCGUGUUCAGCGAUACAGCAGUAGUAAUCCAACAAGUGGAUGCACAGUUGCUGGUGAUGCUUAUAGUAAUAGUGGUAACAGUUUAAGUAAUUUCAAUAUUCCAAUUGACACAAAAUUUGAUGCAUCUGGAAAUAUGAUUGUUCUUGAUUCUUUUAAUUACCGUAUGCUAAGUUUUGCAUCUGGCUCAAGAACGGGAACACUUACUGCUGGCGAUGGCACUGCUGGGACAAGUUCUGGUCAAGCAGCAGGCACUACAUAUGCACAAAUGAUACAGUCCCAAACAAUUUACAUUGAUGGUUGUGCGAAUGUGUAUGUAGCAGACUCUGGUGGUGAAGGUGUCGUUAAAUAUACAAGUUCAUCAACAGCUGGUACAGUGAUUGUAACUGGUGCCAGUUCAGCAGCACCACAAGCAGACGGAUUAACAUUUGAUCCACUAGGUAAUCUAUAUGUAAGCGAGCGUAAUACUGGAAUCAAUAAAUUUGCAAUGAUACCAUAUUGUGAUCCGGGUAGCAGUGGAGUUCUAGCUGUAACGUCAUGUUUGUCGUCAUCUUGUAUAACUGCAUCCUCAUACACCGCAGUCGGUACAGUCACCAGUACUAGUGUCAUUCCUUAUGGUAUAGCUAUCGACUCUUCUGAAAAUGUUUAUGUUACCGAUGGGAGCACUAAUAGCAUUAUUAAAUUUGUAUCUGGAACUCCAACAACAGUUGCAAGUGGUACUACUCCACUGGGUGUCUUUGUUGAUUCGAGUAAUAAUAUUUAUAUGUCGCACUCCCUAACGACGAUAGAAAAAUGGUUGCCUGCCGAUCCACCAUCAGGUGGCACAAUUGUGGCCGGAAAUAAUGGUCAAGGUAAUGCACAAAAUCAAUUAAAUGCACCAGUAAACUUUUUUGUUGAUUGUUCUGGUAAUCUAUUUAUUGCUGAUUCUUCAAACAGUCGUGUUCAACGAUGGACGCCCGGUGCUUCAUCAGGAUGUACAAUGGCGGGUGAAAGAAACGGUGUCAAUGGUAGUGCAUCUUAUUUAUUAUCUCUUAGUCUUGAUGUGAAGUUCACACAAUCGGGCAAUAUGUUUGUCAUUGAUCAACUCAAUCACCGCAUACAAAAAUUCUUGCCUGGUUUUACAUACGGCGUUACAGUUGCCGAAAGUUUGCCUUUGCCAUACGCAUUGGCUGUAGAUAAUUGUGAAAAUAUUUAUGUUAGCGAUCAAACUAAUGGUGUUUAUAAAUUCACCAGCGGCUCAACGACCGGUACACUGAUAAUUUCUGUUACAGGAGGAUCACGUGGAAUAGCACUAAAUCCUGUCAAUGGUAAUCUUUAUGUAAUUUUUAAAAGUGAUGGACUAGUUCAUAAAUAUACAGUAUGA